AGUCAGUCAGUUGUUAGCGUUGUUAGUGUCUGUGAAAGAAGAAGCGGCCCGACGUCAAACCUGUUUAAUAUAAAAACAAUUUCAAAUAUUUUACAAAACGAUUGUUGAUAAAACUGCAGCCAUGGUGUAUGAAGAUAUAAUAGAAAAUGCUCGCGCAGCUUUUAAUAGUGGUAAAACUAGACCUCUAAAAUUUCGAAUGAACCAACUUAAACAAUUGCUCAAAUUGUAUGAAGAAAACACUAACGAAAUGUUUGAUGCAUUAGCAAAAGAUUUAAGAAAACACAAACAGGAAUCAACAAUUUUAGAAGUGGAGUAUCUAAAAAAUGACUUGAAGAACACAAUAUAUAAUUUGGAGGAUUGGAUACAGCCUAUAAAGCCAGAAAAAGGGUUAAUUAAUGCUUUGGAUGGAGUAUACAUCUAUAAAGAUCCAUAUGGCGUUGCUUUAGUUAUUGGAGCAUGGAACUAUCCACUGCAAUUGACGUUGGUACCUGUUGCUGCUGCCAUUGCUGCUGGAAAUUGUGUUAUAAUAAAACCAAGUGAAAUUGCUCCUGCUACAGCAAAGUUUAUAGCUGAUAUGAUUCCUAAAUAUUUGGAUAACGAUUGCUAUCAAGUAGUCCUUGGAGGUGUGCCAGAAACUACAGAGUUAUUAAAACAAAGAUUUGAUUAUAUAUUUUUCACUGGAUCUACAAGUGUUGGACGAAUUGUUCAUGCUGCUGCAAAUAAAUAUUUAACUCCAGUGACUUUAGAACUGGGUGGAAAGAGUCCUGUAUAUUUGGAUAAUACAGCCGAUAUUGAAAUUGCAACAAGAAGAAUUUUGUGGGGUAAAUGUAUCAAUGCCGGACAGACAUGUAUCGCACCAGAUUAUUUACUAUGCUCUAAAGAAGUAGAAGAACGGUUUUUAAAUUGUGCCAAACAAGUUUUCAAAGAAUGGUAUGGAGAUGAUGUUAGUGCAAGUCCAGAUUUAUGCCGAAUUAUUACUGAUAGACAUUUCCAGCGCUUAAGUGAUUUCUUGCAAAACAAUGGUAAAAUUGCAAUUGGAGGUAAUACAGAUCCCAGUCAAAAGUAUAUUCAACCUACUAUUCUUGUGAAUGUGAAACCGACUGAUCCUAUAAUGCAAGAAGAAAUAUUUGGGCCAAUUUUGCCAAUCAUAAAUGUAGAGAAUGCGUAUGAUGCUAUAAAAUUUAUAAAUGAUCGGGAGAAACCUUUGGCGCUCUACAUAUUUAGUGAUAACAAGGCUGAUACUAAUUUGAUUCUCAAUAACACGUCCAGUGGAGGAGCAUGUGUUAACGAAACUAUAAUGCAUUUAGGAGUUGAAACUUUACCUUUUGGCGGUGUUGGUCAAAGUGGUAUGGGAGCAUACCAUGGGGAACACAGUUUUAACACAUUCGUGCACAUGAAGAGCUGUUUAGUUAAAGAUUAUAAUAAAAUAGCAGAAUCUUUAGCAUCUGGCCGUUAUCCCCCGUACUCCGAUAAGAAGACAAGUUUUGUUGCAGCGCUGAUGCGUAAAAGACGAAGCUUAUCUCUUACAUAUUUACCGCACGUGCUUAUGUUUAUAUUGGGCUUAGGAUCAGUUUAUGCUUUUCGCGCUCUUGCGAAGAUUACUGCUACAUGGAUGCCGAUUAUUGAUGUAUGGAUACCAUCAAUGAAAAAUAUCAAUACAUAGUAAAGUAUUCUUCAGUUCCCAAG